CAUCAAACCCCCUGCUGUGUUACGCUUGAAGCGGAGAGUGUGAGUGGAGGAAGAAGGGCAGCCUGAGGGCAACUUUUCCAUUGGAACAUCACAAUAAUAGCUUUGGUGCUCUACGAAAUGGCUCAAAUAACGAGCGAGGGUGCCGAACAAGAUUCUCAGCCGACGUCGAAUCAAAACGGAACCGGGGAAACAGCAGAAACCGGCAAUGAGGGACAGGCCGUGCCGGACCCCAAACAGGAACCGGGCGACAACAACGAGAACAGAGCAGGAAUGGACGCGAGCGGUCGUGGUGUGGCGGCGGAGGACGGGGACAGCCUGUCUUCUGUGUCAGACGCUGACAAAGAAACAGCAUUACCGAACAAAAACCCCGACAACGACGGAGGGGAACCCCACGGUAAACUCUCUGAACCGGGGAAAAGUCCCGCACAAGGGAGUUUGGCCAGUAGCACUGAUUCCGCACAAGAAGGUUCCCGGGUGCUGAGACAAGAACAAAGAGAGGGGGAGAGCGUGUCCUCCUCCUCGCCGGCCCACCGCACAAAGAGCACGGAGAAAGCCGAGCACGGCACCAAGAGAGCGGCCAGCAUGGAGGGGACCUCGUCGAUCGGAGAGCCUCUCAGCCGGAUGGAUUCAGAGGACAGCAUCAGCAGCACCCUGAUGGACAUGGACAGCACUGCGUCCAGCGGGCGCUCCACCCCUGCCACACUCAACGGUCACUGUGGGGGGGCGGGCAGCGGAUCCACAGCAGUGGGGGGGGGCAAGUCUCUGAGCUACACCUGCUGCUGGGACCACUGCCAGCUGCUGUUCCCCAGCAGCCCCGACCUGGCAGAACACAUCAGAGCCACACAUGUGGACGGGCAGAGAGGAGGGGUCAGUAUUGAGCUUAUUAAGGUGUUUGUGUGUAUGUGGAAGGGCUGCAAGGUGUACAACACACCAUCCACCAGUCAGAGCUGGCUGCAGAGACACAUGCUGACCCACAGCGGAGACAAGCCCUUCAAGUGUGUGGUAGGGGGCUGCAAUGCCACGUUUGCCUCUCAGGGGGGGCUGGCCCGGCACGUCCCCACUCACUUCAGCUCCCAGAGCUCAUCCAAAGUGUCCAACCUGGGCAAACUGAAGGAGGAGUCCCCAUCCAAGGCUGGCCUCAACAAGAGGAGGAAACUGAAGAACAAACACAAACGCUCCCUGCCCCGACCUCAUGACUUUUUUGACGCUCAGACCAUGGACGCCAUCCGCCAUCGAGCCAUCUGCCUCAACCUGGCCACACACAUCGAGAGCCUGGGCAACGGACACAGUGUGGUGUUCCACAGCACGGUAAUAGCCAGGAGGAAAGAGGACUCUGGGAAAGUGAAGGUCUUAUUGCACUGGACGCCUGAAGACAUGCUGCCAGAUGUGUGGGUGAACGAGGGAGACAGACUGCAGCAGAAGACCAAGGUGGUCCACCUGUCCAAGCUCCCCACGGACACCGCGGUGCUGCUGGACCCCAACAUCUACAGGAUGUUCUUCUAACCCCUUCCAGGUGAACUCCACUGUCACUUCCUGCUUGUCCCACCUCAAGGAGGAGGAGGAGAUGUUUCCUCUUCAUCUCCAUGUUCCUCUUCUCCCUUCCUCCUUCUCCCAGAGGAUGCUGGGAGUUUAGUGACUUAUUUGCCAUGGCUGUCAGGGGCCGGCAGUGUUUCUGCCUUAGAGCUGAGUUUACAGAGGCAUGUACAGGGAGGUGUUUAGGUAACACGACUAGACUGAAAACUAACUGUAGACACGCGUGUAGAGAAGCUGUCCUUGUAAAUACUUGAGAUUUGUAAUAUAUUUUUAUACUUUGAAUUUGUUACUGUAGAUAGAAGUUUUGUUUUCUGCCGAACAUUUUGAAAUAGAUGUUUAAAACUGAUGAUAUUGGUCAUGUGCAUAUAGUUGGCAUUGCUCUGGUUUGAUGUCAUUAAACUUUUCCAACCUGAA